CCCCACCGCCGGCCAUAGCCUAUCGAUGCACUACCGGUCUGCUCCCGCUGCCGCUGAAGCUUAUUAUUGCUGGUGCUGCUAUUCAGUGUGCGGGUAUCUCCCGCGAAAUGAGAACGCCAACGCCAAUAAGCCUAUAAUAAUCUCAGCAAACUUUUAUUUUAACUGUUUCCCUGGUUACCCAAGCUCAACCUAAUUGUGUCCGGAUAAUUCCUUAGUGAUUUGUGUACGAACAAUCGUGAAAACUGACUGUGAAACCGCUGGUGUUCGUAAACUUAAGUGGCGGGUGUUUGCUGUCCAACACACGCCAGACCUCAUUCCUUUCUGGUAGAUUUGUGCAAUAUUUUUUUACAAGAUUUGCACUUUUCACGUUAAGCCACGCUCCAGGGGAUUGCAAGAACCUUUAACGAGGUGAACAGGUGGAUAUUUGUGGGACAAAAAAGAGUAUUUUUGUGGAAAAAUUGGGAAAAAGUGUCAAGCAUUGCGAGUGCUACGUCGGCGUGGCAGUGGCAUACGGAAAGGGUUAUUUUACAUGGUUUUUCAUGAAAUUUUAUAGUAUUACUGAAGCUGAUGGAUGGGUAGACGUCCGUUAAGACUCGGCGGGAAAUCUGGGAAAAUUUUGGUUAUUUUGGAGGUUAUGUUAUGUGUAUAGAGGGCGUGACAGUGGCAAACUGCAAGCAGGGGUUGGUCGUCUUUUCGCGCGCUAGACUCCCGCGCUUCGAGAGCGCGCCCCUACAUUUUCGCGGAAAAAUUUCACUCUGUGCUAUUUUUAAGGACUUGUCGAGCCUUCCAAAUUCACAGGAAGAUUUAUCGAGAACUUGGGCGCAGUCAGAUUUAUUAACGACUUUUUACAGCGAGUCAAAAUUGAGCCAGAGUACGUGCAUUAUGGCGAAUGCUUGAGUUGACCGUAAGUCUCGCGCGCUCUCACAUUUUUUGGUUUUUUCUGAAGAAAAUCUCUUCGUGAUUAGAACCAAACUAGUGUGAAACAUCUAGAAAAGUUCCCUUGUGUUUGUUAAGUUAAUUGAAAAGGAUCGGGCAGUUUUAUGUAUGCUGAUACGAGUCCCGGAAUUGCCAGCAAGAUGCCACAGACUAGUUUACAGGAGAAGCAACCAUCACAGUUACACCUACAAGGAAGCAAACCAGCUUCACUUAAGCGGAAGAGACGAAAUACAGAACUUUCUGAAGACUCAGAGAAUAUUUACCCUCCUAGUAAAAUUUCAACCCUUGCUCACUCUCCUUAUUCAGAGUCCUGUCACAGUGGGUCACAUGCCAGUGAUGGUUCCCGUACACCGCAACAGCAAUCAUCUCCCUUGAAGGAACAACAGGGACCGGCAACAUGGUCAGAGCUCAGAAGUUCAACCUGUUUUCUAACUCCCUCAGCCUCUAGCAGUGAAUCUAAUAGACCAAGUCCAUUACCAACAUUACCUUGGGCCGAUGGAUCUCAAGUGUGGGCCUUGAUGUGUCUUGGUGACCAAAAAACUUUAACUCAAAGGGAUCCUCAGAUGUUUCAAAGGCAUCCCACAUUACAACCUCGAAUGAGAGCCAUUCUUCUGGAUUGGUUGAUUGAGGUGUGUGAAGUGUAUAAACUCCAUAGAGAGACUUACUAUUUGGCUAUGGACUACAUAGACAGGUAUCUGUCAACACAUCAAAAUGUACCCAAGAAUCAGCUGCAACUUAUUGGCAUCACCUGCUUAUUCAUAGCUGCCAAGGUCGAGGAAAUUUAUCCGCCGAAGAUCGCAGAGUUCGCCUAUGUGACAGACGGUGCCUGUACCGAAGAUGAAAUCCUAGGCAAGGAGUUGAUAGUUCUAAAGGGAUUAGGCUGGAACCUAUCACCAGUGACUGCUCCAGGAUGGCUCAAUAUAUACAUGCAGGUUGAAUCCGGUGAUUGGUCCAGACCCAACACUUUCAUCUACCCUCAAUAUGGUGGACUACAGUACUCCCAAGCAGCGCAACUCCUAGAUCUAGUGACCUUGGACGAGAGAAGUCUGAAGUUUCCCUAUAGUCACUUGGCAGCAGCAGCAGUCUACCACACCCAAGGAAGAGAAUGCGCACUACGUGUUUCUAGACUAUCUUGGGAACAGCUAGCACCUUGUGCACGUUUCCUCAGUGCCUUCGCCAACACAGUCGCUGAAGAAGGUUCAGAACUGCUCUUACGAUCGACUGUGCCUCCCGUAGAAUCCCACAGCGGCUCCGGGCUUCGUGCUUCAGUGCCAAACAUCGUUAUGGAUGAGUCCCAUCGUAUACAGACUCACGUUGUCGACCUGAACAUGCUUGAAAAAGCUCAACAACGGCUUGCUACCGAGGGGCUCACCCUGGAGCCAAUAGAGCGAGAAACUAACCUCGACAACAUAGCAAGUCCAAAUCGUAGUGGAAUCUUAACCCCUCCAUCAAGUAGUCAAAAGAGCUCUCCAACUCCACCACGUCUACCACUUCAGUUACAUCCUUAUACAUAACUCUAGUAGCAAAAAGGAGGCGAGAAAAGCGUCACUCCAUUUUUUUUGUUGUAAAAGCCCUGUUGAACUCUACAAAAGUCUAUUUACAAUGCGCGACAAGAAACUUCUGUGUCGCGCAAUCACUCGGCCUAUCAAGGAUCGACUACCUUGAGGUAUAUCUAUUUACUUCUCUCUGUCAAGACUCUGAGGUGAGUUGUUAUCCCGGCGAGCGGUGCUUCUAUCUCAGUGAUUUCCGUCAAUGACCUUCCCCCAGGAUACCUAGAGAGACAUGUACAACAUUGAUAACAUUACUUAUUUCUAUAGUGUAUAACGCCCACGACAAACCGUUAUCUUUUAUAACUUCCCUAAUUAACAGUGGUUUUCAAACCCUGGACGAGUUCGUCAUGGCGCGUUAAACCAUCAGGUCUGUAAUUGUUCUUCCCUAGGGAUUGAGCUACGACCUCUGACGCAGUGUUGUCUCGCAGUGAAUUAGAAAUUUUUGUCGAUAGGCGAUAAGUUGUCUUUAGACAUUAGACAUUUAAAGUCCUACCAUAGGAUUAAGUUAUUGUAACCCUUCCCCGUCGGCUUCAUGCCAAUUCGCAUAGACUUGAUCAAGUAAGUCCACACGUGUUGAGGAAGACGCGAAGAUCCACUAUAAGGAUGAGUCUUGUUUCACUUUAGAAUUUUUACAGCGGAUCUUUGCUGUGCUUUUAUAACAUUUAGUGGACGGUUCGCUGUUAUAGGUUAGGCGACACUAAGUCUUCUAUGCGACUGAUCAGUAAGACGCCACUAAUAAAUAAUACAGUGGUUGAACAUGAUGCAACAGAUCAAUGCUAAAGUGCCUUUACACAACACUAUUGUUUUUAUCUGUCGGAUUUGAGAUGAGAAAGAAAAAGGACUAUGUGAAUAGUAUUCUUUUAUAUGAUUUGCUUUUUUAACGCUGAGUAAGAAUCAUUAUGAUGAUGCUAAGUAUAAUAGUGAUUGUGCAACGCGCGAUAUCAGACCAUAUAAAAAUGUUAAAGGAUUUUAUGUAUAUAGGCGAGAGAUGUCAUAUCCAUUUCUAACCUCUUUAUAAGGUCCGUGAGUUCGUCCCAGAGCUUGCAUGCCGUGACGCACGAGUUAUACAAGCAUUUGUAUGGAGAUAGUGACAAUAAAUAUUUUGAAAUUGUAA